AUGGCGCUGCAACUUCUCCGCGAUAGUUCUCUUGGUCAAGGCCUCCGCACAAUCGCACGGCCUUCCUGGCUACAGUACCCAGAGGACCGCGAUGGCCACUCAGAUGAUAUCGAAUACAUAUCUAAGUUUGAAGAUCUCAACGGGAAUAUAAAGAUUGUCAAUUGGUACGGGGAGGGUGAUCCUGAAAACCCCCUCAACUGGUCGCCCAUCAAGAAAGCAUGGGUGGUCUUCGUCAUUGGCUACUAUAGCUUUGUUGUAUACAUGGCAGCACCGAUAUACAGCCCUGGGAAGGAUGCCUUCCGGCACGAAUUCGAUGUGAAUCCUGCCGAGUCCUCCCUAGGGCUUGCGCUCUAUGUCUUAGGGUACGGCGCUGGACCGCUCCUCUUCAGUCCCCUGAGUGAGAUCCCUCGCUUUGGUCGGAACCUCCCCUAUGUGAUAUCCUUCAUUAUCUUCACGAUUCUAUGUAUCCCUACAGCAUUUGCCCCCACCGCUAUCGGGUUCUAUUUCCUGCGAUUCCUGCAAGGUUUCUUCGGUAGCCCCUGUCUGGCUACCGGCGGCGCAUCCAUCAGCGAUGUCUACGACCCCUAUGUCCGUCCCUACGCCAUGACAGGAUGGGUGUACUGUAUUUUCUGCGCCCCAGCAAUCGGCAUGCUAGUCUCGGGCUUCGCGAUCCCCGUCCUCGGCUGGCGGUUCUCCAUGUGGGAGAUAUUGAUGGCCGCCGGCCCAGCCCUAAUUCUCAUCCUCCUCCUCCCAGAAACAAGCCCAUCAGCAAUCCUCUGCCGAAGAGCCCAGCGCCUCGAAGCCAUAGACCAAUCGACACACUACCGAACCGCAUCGGAAAUCACACAGUCGCACAUCUCCUUCUACGACCUCGUCCGAGAAUCCCUUCUCACCCCAAUUAAGAUCACCCUCCUGGACCCCGCCAUCCUCUUCGUCAACAUCUACACCUCCCUCGUCUACGCUAUCUACUAUACCUUCUUCGAAGCCUUCCCCCUCGUCUACAUGGACAUCUACCACUUCAACCUCGGUCAGAUGGGCACUGCCUUCCUCGCCAUCGUCAUCGGCACCACCAUCUCCAUCGCAAUCUACAACAUCUACAACUACCUCAUCGCCAUCCCCCGGGCCCGAUCUCGCGACAGCAACCCAGAGCCAGAAGAAGUCCUCACCCCUGCCUUGAUCGCCUGCUUCGGGCCCUCAAUCGGCCUCUUCCUCUUCGGGUGGGCUUCUCGUCCUGAGAUCCACUGGGUCGUUCCGACCCUCGGUAUUGUCAUAUACCCCGGCUGUGUGUUCGUGCUGAUGCAGUCUGUAUUCUUGUAUAUCCCCGCGUGUUAUCCUGAGCAUGCGGCGAGUGUGUUCGCCGCGGCAGACUUUAUGAGAAGUGCGCUUGCUUGCGGGGCGGUGGUUUUCUCGCGUCCGUUAUUCUUGAACUUGGGGGUGGGUGGCGGGUGCUCGCUUCUCGCUGAAUUGACCGUUCUUUGUAUUUUGGGGAUUUAUCUGUUGAGGUUUUAUGGGGGUGCUUUGAGGAGGAGGUCGAGGGUUGGGGGGAAGUGGUGA